AUGAGCAAUAACAUCGAACGAGUACUCCAUAGUAAUAUAUAUAUACAGCCUGCACAUUUUAUUUUAGCCAUUGCCACCAACAUACUUAAUAUACGUAUAUUAUCUUGUCGCAAGCUUCUUUCAUCGUCAUGUACAUAUUAUUUUCUUACCUAUGCUAUUAUAAGUAUUGUUUAUACGUGUUUAUUAUGUCCGAUACAAUUUGUUCGUGGUUUUUCUAUUAACUGGAUAAGUGGGAAAAUAACUUGUAAAACGCAUGCUUAUAUUUUGUUUGUACUACCACUUCAAGCUAAUAUUAUGCUUAUGUUAGCUUCGUUUCAUCGCUAUUGGACGAGUUCAAGAGUCCAUCGACUUCACUCGACAAGUGCUGUUCGAAUAGGAAGAAGAAAUAUCACACUUGGCAGCCUAUUUUCUAUAGUCUAUAUGUCACCAAUGUUGUUUAUUUACUAUUGGGACGAUAAUUCCGGAAAAUGUCUAACAAAAUUUCAUAUUCUAAUCAGUAUUUAUAUACUUAGUCAAGUUCUUAUCUAUUAUAUUUUAUCACCCUCAAUAAUGAUUCUAUUCGGUAUAUUGACAAUUCUAAAUAUUCGUCAGCGCUCAUCGAGUGCGAUAUUUUUAAUUCCAUUGAUGCAACGCCGUCGUACAGAAAGUCAAUUGACACGAAUGUUAAUUAUUCAAAUAGUUGUUCAUCUUAUUCUUGUACUUCCAUUCGGAAUCAUUUACAGUAUUAAUUCAAUAAUACCAUCUACAAGAACACCAAAUGUCAUAGCAGUACGUUUAGUAUUUGUAGCAUUGCAACAAUGCGAUUAUUUUGCUUCAUUCUUUCUAUACACUCUCUCAGCGCGUGUCUAUCGUCAGCAAUUGAUGCGAAUUUUAAUCUCUACUACAUGUUCGAAUGCAAGAGAGUGA